AUGGCUGCCAAGAUAUUUGCCCUCCUUGCACUCCUUGCUCUUUCGAUCAGCGCUACAACUGCGUUCAUCAUUCCGCAGUGCUCACAAGUUACUGCUGCGGGCUAUGAACACCCAGUUCUGCGGGCCUAUAGGCUACAACAGGUACUCGCGGCGAGCAUCUUACAACAACCAAUUGCCCAAUUGCAACAACAAUCCUCGGCUCACCUACUAGUACAGACCAUCGUAGCGCAACUGCAACAGCAGCAGUUCCUGCCAACGCUUAGUCAACUAGCUGUGGCAAACCCUGCCGCCUACUUGCAGCUGCAACAGCUGCUUCCUACAAACCCACUGGCUGCGGCGAAUGCCAUUGAAUACCUGCAACAACAACAGUUACAACAGUUCCUGCCAGCGCUCAGGCAACUAGCCGUGGCGAACCCUACCUCCUACUUGCAACAGCAACAGCUGCUUCCAUUCAACCAACUAGCUGUGGCGAACGCCGCUGCAUACCACCAACAGCAGCAGCCGCUUCUGAUUACCCAGUCGGCUGUUGCAACCACCGCUGCCUACCACCAGUAA